AUGGUGUCUGCGGCGGGUCGAGUGGUACGGGCGGCGACGCUGUUCUGCUGGCUGCGGCUGGGCCUCUUCCAGCCGGCGCCCGACUACGCGGGCGCCAUCUUGUCGCUGGAGACGCUGCCGCCGUCGGAGAGCGAGUCGGAGCCGACGGCCGUCGUGGGCGACGAGGAGUGGCUGCUCAGGCGCGAGGACGAGCGACGGCGCCUGGCGAUCAUCCAGCGUGACAUCCUGAACAUGCUGCAGCUGCCGUGCAUCCCUCAGCGGCCGCCGGACGCGGCGAUCCUCCGCUCCGACCCGGACCGCAUGAGGCUGAUGCUGCACCGGCUGCAGAGCGAGACCCGGUCCGACGGCAGGGAUCUGCUGAAGAGCGCGCAGAGCUUCUACCCAUCCUGCGACACCGCAAGCGACUGGCAGGAGGUCGCGGACGCCUUCUCGCUGCCCGUGUUCUUCGACACGAGCGGCCUGUUCCGCACGCUGCCCGAGCUCGCCACCGUCGACAUCGCGCAGCUGCGGAUCUUCAAGCGCUCUUCCCCGAACUUCAGGCGGCCCCCCCGGUCGAUCAGGGUGGGUCCGUCCUGGCUGGUCGACGCUGCUGUGAUGGUGUCCGUGUUCCCGGGCUGGGCGCCGCGCGUCGCAGGGGAGGCGAUGAACCGGAGCCACGCGCUGGACACGGUGGUCGUGACGGCGGCGACCGAGGGCUGGCUGAGCCUGGACGUGCGCGCCGCCGUGCAGCAGCGCCCCCUCAGCGGCGGCCACCGCUUCCUGCUGACGGUGACGCAGGCCGACGAAGCCGGCCGCCCGCUGCCGGCGGCGCGCUUCUUCCACAACUUCACUUGCGACGCAGCCAUUCCCACGGGCCCGGUGCCGGGGCUGCUGCUACGUGGCCCGGACGGAAUUGAGGACGUCUCGGAGGAGCGCCGCUACCCGGUGCUGGACCUGGAGACCUCGCAGGAGCCGCGGGCCGAGCCGGGCGACGGGCCACCGCCGGCCUGGGACGGCAUCGUCCGGCCGAUUCCCGUGCCCAAGCCCUGCCCACCUCCGACGGGCGCUCCGCCGCCGCCGCCGACGUGGCGGCGAGGCAUAUACGGCAGCGGUGCGAGACCUCGUCGCCACGGCCGGCGCCGCAGCGCGCGCGGCGGACGCCCGCGGCGCGACGCCGGUCGCUGACGACGGUAUAGGUGGCAGCACCGGGCGGCGCCUCGUCGGCUCCCGUUUGCCGGCGCCAGUACAAACACGUCGCGGCGCCGCGAGAGGACGAUCCCCUUCAGAGGCGGCCGCGGAGUUCCCGCUGAGCUCUGAAGAGCGGCCACCUUCAGAGUUCUUGGUUCUUAUCCCUCAGCCCACUGUCUGGAGACUGGUAACCUUCGCGCCGCGGGGUCCUCUGGUCCAGCUCUGCAGCUCAAGAGCCUGGAUGCCCGCGCGUCAUGCAUCGUUCAGCUCCCAAGCCCAGCAAAGGGCUCCCACCCGCAAGAAGUGUGCGGAGCCUGCCGGGCGCUGGAGACCGAUUGAAGAAGCAGCACGAGUUGUACGCUUGUGCCCGCGGCCACGCCUUGCGUUGAUCACCGCAGCUCAUCUGGGUAACUGUGCGGAGUGGAGGCCAUAUCAUUUGAAUGUUGUUUUUUUGUACGCUUGUGGAACGGAGAACAAGCUGCUGGAUGCAGUGUUCACCACGCGUGGAAGAAGCGUCGCCGCUGACUUUUGGUGUGCAUGAAUAGUGCACUCGCGCUAGGUUUGGAUUACUGGUGGCAACCGUCGAGUGCUUAAACAGGAAGCGCGGAAGAGGGUUGUAUCCGUUUUGUCGUCGUUACGAAUCAUAUUGCCUGCACCAAGGUUAUGCCUACGUCUUUGAUUGGGCGUCAGCCAAGCUCCGUCUAGCUUUUCGUCAGCUUUGGUUGAGCUCUUCACCUGAGCGUGGUAAUUGCUGUCGUGUCACUUUUUUGUCGUGCGUGUCCGAUGUUUUCCUUUCGGAACAAGCAUGUGAGCAAGAAGUGUGGAUGUUUAUCUGCACCGUUCGAAGUUCGAACCGUGGUGCCGUCUGACAUGCAGGGAUAUCCAAUAUGAGCGAAAAACCAACGGAUGAUCUGACCUGUGCAUAUCCUCUGGGGCAAAUUCCGGUCCUGGAUCUGCCGAGAGCGUGUCAAUCGUACUUUCGUGUCCAGUCAUGCUUUGGCAUGCUAUUGUAGCACCUGCGCUCCCGUCCACGGCGUGGGCGUGAGAAUGCGUGUACCGCCCGGUGCCCACUGCAGAGCAGCGUCCCGAGUCGCGGCCCC